ACAGUAGAUCAAGCACAUGAUUAUACAUCGUAUGUAUCCCACUUAUAGAGUCUUACGAAUUUUUCAGGAGAAGUUUUUAUUACGAAUAGAUCCAGGAGACAAUUGUUACUUGAGAAUCAAUCACAGUUACACUGGUCAACUAUACUUGCUUUCUUGCACAAACGACCUCUACCUUUGCCCAAAUUAGAAAUGGCUCCUAUAACACUCGCUGGCUCGGCGGACUCGAAGAACAAAUUCGAGGAUCUUUCAGGUAUUGACACUGCGAAAUAUGCCAAUCCAUAUGAUGCUUUGAUCGAGGCAUGCCACGACGACCCGGUAGAAAUACAAGCUAAGUAUGCAACUCACCGAGAAACUCGCAAUGCUCAACAGAAAGCAAAGAUACUGGCUCCCGAUUUCCAAGAAAUGAUACUGGAUACCGUUCUGCAAAAGCUAGAGAAUCCCAAUAUUGAGCCUGGUUUUGAGGAUCCCAGACAUUGCUUAGUAUUCUGGGCGCGUCCUCCGCAACACAUUAAAGCAUUGGUUGGGACAAUUCAACAAAAGCUACUUGCUUUGGCUCCGAAGCUCUGGCUUAUGCCCCAGCUCAAGUGCCAUCUCACUGCACUUGAGAUAACCCAUUCCCUAACCUCCCCAGAAAUAACCUCCAUUCUCAACCAACUUGGUACAUCCACCAUAUCAACCAUGACCGACUACCCCCUCCAACACCGUGCACGCCUUAUCAAGCCCAUGCUGUCCUAUGAUGCCGCCGCAGUUGCCCUCUCAUUUCUUCCCGCGGCAGGAGAAUCGCUUAGCUCAAAUGCUGAGCCAUCAUCUCGCAAUCCCAGAACUGCCCAGGAUGAUUCGUUCACCUACCACCAUCUUCGCCAAUCUAUGUUCACCAUUGCCCGAUCUACAGGCAUCUCUGUUGACUCCCGUUACGUAGUCCCCAGUUCACAUAUCACAGUUGGUCGAUUUCUCACGCAGGAAGAUCACGAUACGCCUGAAAAACGACAGGCUUGGAUUGACUUGAUUGAGGAAAUCAAUGUAUGGCUCAAAGAGGAAUAUUGGCCACGUGAGGGGGCAGGCAGGAAUGAGAAUGGAGAGUGGGUGGUAGGACAGGAAAAAGGUUUGGAUUGUAGGAGAGGCCAAUUGUGGUAUGGAGGGGGGGAGACGGUGAUGUUAGGAAAGGGGUUCUAAGUGUAGUCCAUGACGUGCUCCUAGUCGACAACAAAAACUGGCAACAAGUGAUAUCACAAUGUUUGCCUUUUCCAUAAAUAUUAAAAAGCUUAUGGACAAGGUCGUCAAACACACAACUAACUAUAUCAUAAUCUCAAUGUAAUCGAUCA